UGAUACUCAUAGACACACCCAUCUGUCCCACUCAUAAAGACUAACAUGUCCUACCAGGGAAAAAACACGGUUUCAGUCAGGCUGUCCUUAAAUGUUGUCAUGAUGUCAUACAGUAUGAUCAAGUUUGUGAUUGGCUGCCCUACAAACCUAAGCUCCACCCUCGGGAACGUGCACUAUUCUUUUCAUAUUAUCAUGUGAUCACAAUGAUAAGGCCAACCAUAAACCUUUAGAGGACAUACACUUUAUCGAAACUUAAAUUCAGUACCUGUUGCAUCAUCAUCAUUUGCCCGCCUGUUGUCGCGGUAACCAUCGGAUAGUCUCAGGUUUAUGAGUUUAUGGCCCUUUCAUGUAAAGUUCUCUUAAGACACACUCACACACACACACACAGAGGAGUCUGUGGGACUAUUUUCAUUGUUUUGGAUUUGUUGUAGAUAUACUGUUGUUGUGCUGUUGUUGUAGUGUGGUGUUACUUAGAGAGUGUGUUGAUCUCUAGGACGGUAUGUGUUAGCUGUUUGUAUCUGUUAGUGCUAACUGUUUGUGUGUGUGUGUUAGACCUUCUGUAGCAUUAGCCUGUAUAUUUGCACUUGUUAACACUAGCUUUAUAGUAGAUUUGCUAUAGUGUGUGUGUGUGUGAGUGUGUGUGUGCGAUCAUGUCAAUGGCGGUGGAGUUGUUGGGCUUCUUGAUGUGUGUGGGUGGAUGGCUGCUGAGCGGUGUGAGUUUAGCGAAUAACUACUGGCGUGUGUCGUCGUACGCCGGCAGCGUGAUCAUGUCCACACGGCAGUAUGAGAACCUGUGGCAGGCGUGUGUGGAGGCCAGUACAGGGGUCAAGAAUUGCAGACGCUUCGAGUCCAUGCUUGCAUUGAAUGCCUACGUGCAGGCAUGUCGUGCUUUGAUGAUCAUCGCCCUCUUGCUUGGCCUCGCCUCGAUGAUCCUCUCUGUCCUGGGACUGAAGUGCACCAAACUGGGCGGCAUGAAGGAGACGAGUAAAGGACGACUCACACUCACUGCUGGACUGAUGUUCAUACUGUCUGGUUUGUGUGUACUUACGGCUGUGUCUUGGUAUGCAGCGCGCAUCGUUCAGGAAUUCAAUGAUCCCUUUUACAUUGGAAAGAAAUCUGAGCUGGGUACAGGUCUGUAUUUUGGUUGGGCUGCGGCAGUGUGUGUGAUUAUGGGAGGAGCCAUGCUGUGUGGAUCAUUCAAGAGAGCAAGAUCACCCAAACCUGCAGGUGGUUACAGGUAUAAGUCAUCAGCCAAUCAGCAGAUCUAUAAAACAGCCGCUCAUUCGGACAGCAGCAGCUCCAGAGCGUACGUCUGAACCCAGCGCCUCUACCUCACUCAACACACACACCGAAAAUGAAAACUGUCUGAAAAUCAAAACUGUUUCUUACACAUGCUGUGUUUGCGUGAGUGCUUGUGUGUUGUUUGUGGUGUUACACAUGAUGUCUUUGUGUUGUUAAUGUGAAUAAAUGUGUGUGAAAUUG